CCGAAAUGUUUAACAUUUUGACUUUAAAAAUCAUGAAAAUUUCCAUGAAAAUUUUCUCCUGUAUGGGAAGCCAUCUUUACGAGUGGAAUAACAGCGACGAUGAUGUCAGUUGCUUCAAGGUGACUAGUAAAUUAUGGAGGAAAAUUACGUUCUUUAUUGGAUUUUCAAGCACGGUUUUAUACUACUGCUUCCUUAUCUGGAGACUUAUCCAAUAUUCGAACCAACUGGAAUCCGAUCCUUCCUUCCCGGACAUCGUUUGGCUCUGGAUAUGGAUAAUUUUGACUACUUGGGCCAUAGUAAGUUUCUACAAUGGGUGGACAAAGAAGCGGGAAGUUGUCGCCCAUUUCAAAGGGGUGACGCUACUAAUGAAACAGCUCGAGAGAGAACACCCUACCGUAAAAAUGAAGUCGGUAAUCUGGAAGUUCAACGUGAUGGAUGUCCAUUUUAUUGUGGUUAUUUUUAUUAUAUUCAACUACGUGGGAGCCGUAUCCAUCAUGUUCUUUGUCGUUCCUGGACGACCUCAGUACAUUUAUUCGUUACUUUCUCCGAGCAAAAUUUCCAGGAUUGACGCAGCUUUUCUUCUCUUUCUCGGAUUCGAAAUUUACGCUAAAGCUUCGCAAGUAUGCAUGAUGGCCAUGCAAGAAUUCUCCAUAUUUCCAGUGCUACUUCCAACCGAUUUCUGGUUGGACUAUUGUAAAAAAGCGGAACAUAAUAUUAUUCCGACUUGGAAAAAGGUCGAAAUCUUGAGGAAAUUUCACGUCUUAAUAACGUACUAUAAUUACGCCUCUGUCCAACUCCUUACUCCCGUUAUAUCCGUGUUCAUCCCGGUUGGCAUCAGCGUCUCGUGUUUCUUCGCAGUCAUCCGAUUUCACAGCUUUCUCCCAAUUUUCGAAUACUUGCCAUUUCCCGUCUUAUCCAACAAUGGGAUGGUCGUCCUCCUUGUGACGCUUCUUCCCGCCACUGCGAUUUACGAAGGAUCGAUCAAACUUUGCCAGAAAAUUCGUACCGAGGGAAAUAUGAGUAUGAAUAAGGUGUUAAGAAAACGUGUAGCAACGCUGCACCCAUUUGGCGUAAGGAUUGGCCCAAUUGGUAAAAUUAGAAAGAUAGCGAUUCUUUUGAUGUAUCAUUUCAUAGCGAACAAUAUUUUUACUCUGCUCGUCACAUUUCCCCCGGAAAAUGUAAUUCCCUAAAUUAUAAAAUAUUUGAAAUAUCAAUUGACAUUUCAAAUAUUAAAUAUUGUAUUUGUCAUAUCAUUUAUAUUUAUAUAAAUAAUAUGAAAUUGAAAAUAUUAACUAGCUAAUUAUGCUGUGACCAGAAUAAUUUGUAAUAAUUCGUAAUUUGUGUCCUUUACAUAUGUAGUCCAACCUAAUAACAGAGGUGAGCAUGGUCUGGUCCCCAGUUUUAGACCAAAUUCGCCCAGUGAAAAAAUUAUUUCUGCAUAAUUUGCGCAGAUUAGAUUACAUAAGUUUACAUGAUAAAUUCUCUAUCUGUGAACAUAUAGUUUGUGA